AUGUCUGCAACGAACCCCUACGCACCAAACCCUAGUGAUUUCAUAUCCAACGUGCCGAGAUUCGAGGUGAUCGACUCGACGUUGAGAGAAGGUGAACAGUUUGCCAACGCCUUUUUCACGCUUGAGAACAAAAUCAAAAUUGCCAAGGCUUUGGACGACUUUGGCGUAGACUACAUAGAGCUGACUUCUCCAGUGGCCUCCGACCAGGCCAGAGAGGAAGUUGAGGCGAUCUGCAAGUUGGGCUUGAAAUCCAAAAUCUUAACACACAUCAGAUGCCACAUGCACGAUGCGAGAGUCGCUGUGGAGACUGGCGUUGACGGUGUCAAUGUUUUCAUUGGUACCUCGAACUUCCUUAGACAGCAUUCCCACGGUAAGGACAUGUCGUAUAUCACCAAGGCUGCCAUUGAAGUUAUAGAGUUCGUCAAGUCCAAAGGCCUAGAGGUAAGGUUCUCAACGGAAGACUCCUUCAGAUCCGACAUCGUCGACCUUCUCAACAUAUAUACCACUGUGGACAAGAUCGGGGUGAAUAGAAUCGGUAUUGCAGAUACCGUCGGGGGUGCCAACCCAAGACAGGUAUACGAGCUCAUCAGAACGAUCAAGUCGAGUGUGAGUUGUGAGAUCGAAACCCACUUCCACAACGAUACCGGCUGUGCCAUUGCCAACGCAUACACCGCCUUGGAGGCCGGUGCCAAAUACAUCGACACCUGUGUCUUGGGUAUAGGUGAGAGAAACGGUAUCGUGCCAAUCGGAGGGUUCAUGGCCAGAAUGGUUGUCUCUGCUCCAGAGUACGUCAAAUCCAAAUACAAGUUGAACAAAAUCAGAGACCUUGAGAAUCUCGUGGCAGAGAUCGUCCAGGUGAAUAUACCUUUCAACAACCCAAUCACGGGUUUCUGUGCAUUCACUCACAAAGCCGGCAUCCACGCAAAGGCUAUUUUGGCAAACCCCUCCACCUACGAGAUCUUGAAUCCUACCGACUUUGGAUUGACGAGAUACAUCCAUUUCGCAAACCGCUUGACUGGAUGGAACGCAAUCAAGGCGAGAGUGGAACAGUUGAACCUGAACCUCACUGACGACCAGAUCAAGGUGGUUACUAAUCAAAUCAAGCAGAUGGGCGAUGUCAGGCCAUUGGGUAUCGAGGACGUUGACUCCAUAAUUAAGGCCUUCCACGCCAAGGAGAAGGACAACACCAGCAACGCAAACGAAAACGAAAACGAACAACCAGGUGCCAAGAGACAAAGGGUCGAUUGA